AUGUCCAAGUCAAUUGUCAACGCAAACCCCUACCCCUUCACCUUCGAAGCAAGUCAAUACCCUCCUAUCAAAAGCACUGGUAAGGGUGUCAGCAUCGACUUCGCCAAUUGCCGCGGCGCUACUCCCUCUAUCAAAGCUUCCCGUGUCCGCGCUCUUAUCCAAGAAGCUCACGAGGACCCUUCCAAGAUCGUCGCCAAUGUGUGCAGCUACGAUGCUCUGAGCUCUCGCCUAUGCGAAGAAGCCGGCUUUCCGAUUGUCUUCUUGGCGGGAUACCCCAUGGCUUCAGCCUUUGGACUGCCGGAUACAGGAUACAUUGCUUUUGGAGAGGUGGUUAACAAGGUUCAAGAAGUUAUCAGGGAAGUUAAUGUUCCCGUUAUUGUGGAUGGCGAUACAGGAUACGGUAGCCCAAUGAACGUCCGCAGGACUGUCCAAGGAUUCGCAUUGGCUGGUGCUGCAGGCAUCAUGAUCGAAGACCAGUCCUGGCCAAAGCGAUGUGGCCACACUGCAGGCAAGAGCGUCGUGUCUCGAAGCGAAGCUUACGCCAGGUGGCAAGCCGCCGUCGACGCCAGAAAUGAAGGCCAAGACAUCUGGAUCAUGGCCCGCACAGACAGUCUGAUCCACGGCUACGACGAGGCUCUCACCCGUGCCCGCAAAGCCAUAGAGAUUGGCGUAGACGCCGUCUUUGUCGAGGCCCUCCCCGACCGCGAGUCCAUGGAGCGUCUGCGCAAAGACCUCAACUUCCCUGUAAUUGCUAACAUCAUCGAGGGAGGAAAGACGCAGAAUUUGUCUGCCAAGGACCUUGCUGAGAUUGGCUAUAGCGCGGUAUCUUAUCCUUGGACGCUUGUUGCUGCCAAGCUGAAGAGUAUUCGCGAGGCAUUGGAGGGUAUCAAGGGGUCUAUGACGGUUGGAAAGCCGCCCGUUGUUUUAUCUUACGCGGAGGUAUGUGAUGGCGUGGGAUUUAAUAAGUAUUAUGAGUUGGAGGAGAGAUAUCAGUAUGAGGGACGAGCUAAUGGUGCGAAUGGGUACCAGUGGAAGAAUUAG